AACACCCCUCUGAGAAAAUGGUUUCAUCCUCGGCUGUCCGGUUGCGCGUGCAGACUAUUUUGACUGACAUAGUCGCGAGGACAGACUCAACGGGUUUUUCAAGUUUGUGAUCUGGUUGAUAAGCCCGCAGCAGACUCACCGUGUGAGCUAGUCGACAGCAGACAACAACACAGGAGAGGUACAGGAAUAAACACCAUGGUGGGAGUGGAGUGCAGGUCUGAACAGGUGAGGGUGUGAUCCCUCUGCGAUUAGUCGACAGAGAGACCGACGGCCGGACAGAUCGAGAUCGUCGCAGGAGAUAAAGAAGGAGUAGAAUGGCUCGAAAUGUUAACUUUGACCUGAGCCACCCUCUCAUGGAAGCUGGCCUGGAGAGCCCAGUGGACGAGGAAGUUGUUCAUGACUCGUUCAACCAGCUGAUAGCAGAGCAGAGCCGGAAUGAUGGACUGUCCGAUGCCUUCGAGCUGCAGCGGCUGCAGAGAGACCUGGAAGAGGAGGAGCGUCAAGACGAUGUCCCCUACCUGUCCAGCCCUGGACAUGAGUUUAGGGGAAACAGGCCGGGGCGAAGGGACGUGGAAUGGUAUGAUGGUGAAAGACACGUAGACCCCAUCAUAGGUGAACGUUGGUCCUCGGCCACCUUGAAGGUCCUGUCCUCCAUGCCGAGUCGCACCAUUGGUCGCAGCAGGGGAGCCAUCAUCUCUCAGUACUACAACAGGACCAUGCAGCUUCGGAGACGCAGGCAGAGCAGACCCUCCAUCCGAGACUUCUCUCACUCCGCCAGGCCGAGCAUACGAGGCUACGGCAUGGAGGUGGACGGUACAGACGCAGAGGGCACAGAGGUGAGCAAGAGGGAACGUUUGGUGAACAACCUGCAGAACCUGUCAGCGAGCGACAGAGUCAGGAUGCUCCGAGCCAUGCCUCUCAGCGUGGCUGAGAAGAGCGAACUCAGGAGGUUAGCACUACAAAAGGAGAAACGCACAAUUACCGGGAGUAAGAUCCCCUGUUGCAGUAGAUUAAAAUAUUACAUCAUCAUUGCUUUCAGACAGAGUUGGUACAGCUGGCUUUCCUUCAUGCACUCCCUCCAGCUGUGGCAAGUAGCACUCAAGAGAGUGAGCGGGCGUUUUGGCACAGGAGUCCUCUCAUACUUUCUGUUCCUGAAAACCCUGCUCUUCUUCAACGUCUUCUUGUUCCUGGUGACGGGUUCGUUCCUGGUGUUGCCUCAGGCAGUGCACCCUCCAGAGCUGGCUGCGAAGCGACCCUCCUUCUCUGGACUGGAGCUCCUCACCGGAGCGGGCUAUUUCUCAGACACAGUGAUGUAUUAUGGAUACUACUCUAACUACACACUGCAGAGCUGCAGGGAUAACGUCUCCAUGCCCAAUGGAACCAGUAUGGGCUGCGCAUCGAAGCAAAACUCUUACAACAUGCCGCUUGCAUACUUCUUCACCAUAGGAGUCUCUUUCUUCAUCACGUGUAUCAUACUUGUGUACAGCAUGUCAAAGUCGUUUGGUCAGAGCUUCCGAAUCGACAAGUCUCACAGUAUUUUGGCCGUGAAGGUCUUCUGUUCCUGGGACUUCAAGGUCAUAAAGAGAACCUCUGUCAAACUCAUGUCGGAGAAUAUCUGCACGCAGCUCAGGGAGCUCCUAGCUGAGGUGAAUCAUAAAGAUGCCAACAACACUGCGUGCCAGAAGCUGUGGAGACUGAUGAUUCAUGGACUGGCAUGGGUCAUCUGCAUAGGAAGCACCAUUGGCUGUGUGCUUGGUAUUUACUACUUCUCGGAUUACAUGCACAAGAGCAUUUAUGAAGGACUUCAAGAGAAGACAACAACUUUGCUGGAUGAGGCCAGGCUGCUGGCUCUCCCUGUGCUGGUGUCCCUCAUCAACCUGCUGCUUCCCGGCCUGUUCAACCUUGCAGCCUGGAUGGAGGACUAUGACUCGCCUUCUGUGUGCGCUUAUGUUGCCAUUGCCAGAAACUUGAUGUUAAAAGUAAGCGUACUUGGAGUCCUGUGCAACCACUGGCUGCUUAAUGUGACUGCUGACUCUAAACUGACGUGCUGGGAGAGUUUUGUUGGACAGGAGCUGUAUCGUUUCCUUCUUAUGGAAUUCAUCUUCACUCUGCUGGACACCUUGUUCGGAGAGCUUCUUUGGAGGUUGUUCUCUGAGAGGGUGCUGAAGAGAAGGAGAAAGCCGGUGUUUGAUAUCGCCAGGAACGUCCUUGAACUCAUCUAUGGGCAGACGUUGGCCUGGUUGGGUGUUCUCUUCACUCCUCUGCUGCCUGCAGUGCAGAUUCUUAAACUCUUGCUGCUCUUCUACAUCAAGAAGAGCAGCGUGAUGAUGAACUGUCAGGCUCCCAGGAAGCCGUACAGAGUCAGCCAGAUGACCACCAUCUUCAUCACCCUCCUCUGCUUCCCCUCCUUCCUCGGUGCUUCUGUGUGUGUCACAUACACCAUGUGGAGUAUCAAGCCCUCCACGACAUGCGGCCCCUUCCGCGAGCUCAAAACAAUGUUCCAGGCGGGGAAGCGCUGGGUGGAGGAACUGGAAAAAGAUAAUCCCAACUUGUCCCUGCUGGCCAGGGCUCACUCCUACUUAGUGGAAAACCCCUUUUUCCUGUUUGUGGGAGCAGGCAUCUUCCUGAUAGUCAUCUACUUCCACUAUCAGGUGGUGGACGGUCAAAGGAAGAUCAUAAACUUACUACAGGAGCAGAUAGAAAAUGAGGGAGAGGAUAAGAAGUUUCUGAUCACACGCCUCCAGUCCAUCCAUGAGCAAAAACGAACCCCCGCUCGAAGGCUCACAAGUCAGGACUCUGGCUGUUGAGAUGUCUCCAGUAGAUAAGUCUCCUCAAUUCUCUGAGCACUGAGGCCUGGAGAAAUCUUAAACCAGUGUGAUAAGGAAGGACAACUGUACAUAAGACCAAAUUACAUGUAGAUUUUUAAUUUGCAGUGGAUUUUAAUGGUUUUUGUAGCAAGGGGAAACAUCAUGUGAAACAAAGCUGUCAGUUUUCUAACAGUGCUGUUUAUAGUUUAAAUGCCUGAACUCAGUGUUUAGGAAGUUGAAUGUUACAGACUGUAUAAUAUGAGAAAUCUUAAAACUGAUUAAGGAUCAGUAAACAAGAUUUCUGUCAGCUCUCAUAGAAGCACUUUUUUAUAUCAUAUCAACUGUGAACAAAUUAGUUUUUAUUCUUGUUUCUGGUGCAAGAAAUGUAUGCAUUUCUUUAAAAAUAAUUCUAUCAGUCUGUAUGUUGUUGAUAAACGUGUGAUUAUGAAUACUGGAAAUGUUUUAUCAUUUUUGUUUAAGGGUUUUAACUACCACUGUAUUGUCAUACAUUUAUAAUUAAAUUAUGUUUUAUCAUA